AUAAAGAACGUGUCCGACGCUUUAUGGUGUGUCAUUAUCUACAUGGAGUAAUGUCUUAGAGUGUUUGUUUAUCACAGGACUAGUAACUGACCCCUGUAUUUAUAUGUGUGUGUGUGUGCAGUAUGUGAUCAGUGUCGUGUGUGAUUCAUAGUUAAUUAAUAAUACUAGACUUCUUGAUGUUAACAGACAUGUAACGAUGUCCACAUACCCGUAAUGUUGGAACUGUACGGAUUACACACCUAAUAUGACAGGUACCGUACCAUUAGCUUUAAGACAACACUACCCGUAAACAGUCAGGUAAGAAAAAUAGAAAUGGAUGACAGGUGCUCGAGUGACGGGGACGACUCGGAUUGUGAGGAUAUAAGGUCUCUCCCUAGGGAUCCCUGCUACCGGUGUGAAAAACGUGUGUAUCCGGUGGAGAAGGUGGAUGUAGGGGUGUUGUUCCACAGGAGGUGUUUUCGGUGUCGAGUGUGUGGAUUACAGCUGACCCUAAAGACGUUCCACUGGGACCAGGAAAACACCCCUGAUGUGUACUGUAAUGUCCAUCUUACGAGAAUGGUGGGUUCCAUUGACAAGGAUUCAAUCGGGAUUCAGUCAGCCCUUAACGCCCCUAAACGGGGCAUUAACGCAAAUGAACAGAUCCGAGGGAGCCUAUACAACCCCGGUUGGCAAUAUGACUCCAAGGCCAUCGAGUUUAACCAUCGCCGAGAUAUGUUCGGGAAGAUGGAGAAGAAAAAGACGUCACUUGGAACAUACAAGGAUUUUGAAUCGUUAGGAGUGUUUGACGCCCAGUCUGUACUAGAACUACAACAAAAAGAGGAGGAAGACAGACUGUAUGAGCGAUUUCACGAGGACAGGACCAAAAUGGUCCAGCGGCUGGAGGCUGAACUCAAGGUUGAGAAGGAAAAAUCAGUACAGGAACUAGUGGCAGGUUUCGAGAAGAAAAUAACAUCAAAGAAAGACAUCAAAACGGGUCUGGAGAAAGAAACCGAGAGACUCGAACAACUCUACCAGCGGAAGAAGGAAGAACGCCUGCGCACUCUGAUGAACAAACUUACUACCGAGGAGAAAAAUCAGGUGACUCGCCUGAUCGAAAAACACAGUUCGGAAAUGUUAUUGAUGAUUGCCGAGAAAUUCGUAACGAUGACGGAGACCAUACCGGAUGCCGAUACUACCACAUUACAAACAGCAUCCAUUGACCUCUCAAGACCACCACCAGUUGCACCACCAGAGUUUCGAAGAUCACAAUUAUUCAAAAGUCCCGAAGAGUUUGAAGCCCUAGACAACCAAGUAUUCGAGGUGGCUCAGAAAGACUACUCUGCAUUCACUGACCUUGUUAAAGACCUCAUUCACAACUGCCAAACAGACCUAGAAAAAUCAAGGGCUAUCUUCCGCUGGAUUACAGUGAAGGAUCUGAAUAAACUGGAAGUUGACGAGACGGUGAACCCAGAAUCUCCGAUGGGUCUACUUAGGGGAAUCAAAUACGGUACUGAGAGCUACCAUGAUCUCUUUAAAAGACUUUGCAGUUAUGCUGGGCUCCAUUGUGAGGUCAUUCAGGGUUUGUCAAAAGGUGCAGGAUACAAACCAGGCAUGCGCAUGGACAGUGACAAAUUCCGCAACUCUUGGACAGCUGUAUUUAUUGAAGGAUCCUGGUGUUUUAUCAACUGCAACUGGGGAGCACGGCAUGUGAAAGGUAAUGACAAGGACGAGAAAGACGCUGUAACCGGCCUAGCUACCUUCUACUACAGAUGUGACGAGUUCUAUUUCAUCACAGAUCCGGAGGACCAUAUUCACCAACAUUUUCCAGAUGAUCCGAAGUGGCAGCUUCUGGAAUGUCCGAUUUCACUGACAGAAUUCAUUAACUUGCCUGUUGUGAAAUCCCCAUUCUUCAAUUAUGGUUUGAAAUUCGCUAAUCAUUAUGAUGGAACACAAUAUACAAGCAAUGGUAUAAUUGUACUGCAACUAAAAAUUCCGAACCUUCUUGGGUUUGGUUAUACACUAGACGCCAAAGAUUCAGACAUGGAUCCUCAAAAGUUGGAAGGGCGUGUAAUGCUCAGAAUCAUAGGCCACAAAGCUAUUUUCACGGUCGCGCCGCCGAAAACUGGAAAGUAUUUUCUGACCAUUUUCGCAAAAGAAGAUUGGCAUUCAGAGUCCUUACAAAGUGCGUGUGCGUUUAGAGUGAAGUGUCGGGAAAAACGAGAAAACAUCAGAAGUCCGUUUCCGAAAGUUCCGUUUUUCGGCCCUACACCCAGUAUGAGUCAAUACGGAAUUGUGCCACAGACACACAUAGACCCACUCGUUGUCUUCAGUUAUGAUGACGUCAUAUUUCAAUUCCAAAUACAGAAGGAAGUAAAGUUGACACACACUCUUCAAUACCACGGCCCGUUUCAGAGCGAUAUAACAGACUUUCAACGAUACGUCUUUGUCCGAUACCGGGACGAGAAAUCUAUAUCAUAUCAAGUUCGUUGUCCAAUCAUGGGCAAAUUUGUCUUCAACGUUUUCGGAGGAACUGUAACAUCACCAGAAGAGAAUACUGGCCAUAUUGAAUGUUUAUUUCGCUACCUCUUAGACUGUAAACAUCCAGCAAAGGAUAAGCGCCCUCUUCCUAGAGCAUGUCAUCGUUGGUUCCUUGGAAACAUGCUCGAACCUGUUGUCGGAGACAUUGACCCCGACAAGAGAGUGACAUUCAGAGUUCGAGCGCCACUGGCAAUGGACGUUGCUAUGCUGGUUGGUGAUGCAUGGUUCCACUUCAAGGAGAUUGCCGAUAGCAUAUGGGAAGGAAACGUGUAUACAGGGAAGGGACAAUGCAAAGCCAAACUUUAUGCCAAACUUACAAAGGAAAGGGCAAGAUUUUCCCCGCUCGUGGAGUUUAAUAUCAAAUAGACGUUUUGAAAUUGCCAAAGUUACAUAAUGAAAGAUAAUUAUUUGUAAAUAAUUAUUUUGAGAUUUCGGUUGUUUUGUGGUUGAUGAUACGAAAGCCAUUAAAAAUCAUGAUGAUGACAGUUGCCGAGAUUACAACUGUCUGGGUCACGUGGUGCGUGACAAUGGAACGAGUAGUAAUAACAUAUAUAUAUCUUCUCUGAAUGGUGUGGACUUUAUCGUGUGUAUGAUUGAGGUGUGCGCAUGCUUGGGGUCGAGCUUAAUUACAUGUAUCUAAGUGUUGAUUAUAUUUUAGAUUGAACAGAAGUGAUUCCAUCGGCUGCAGUAGUGACAACAGAGUAAUAAUGUCUGCAAUUGCGUAGUGCUAGAGAGGUUAUCUCCCCUUAUUUAUAUACUGCUGGAGAAGUUAUCUCUCUUGAUAUACGCAAACAUCAAAUUAAUAUGUUCAUAUCAAUGCAAACUUUAAGUAGCAAUCAAGUGAGGACCAUCGUCUCCUAACGAACCCUGUUGUUAUCGUUAAUUAUAUUUAUAUAUUUAUAUCGAACGAAAACAAAUUGCGAAUGAUUGGCAGCAUUUCGUACAAACUUAGUGAUGUUAC